AUGGCGGAGGAUUCCGGCGCGCUCGUCGCGACGAUGUUCUCGUACACGAACAAAACGCUGCUCGGUGCGUCCCGCGGCGGCGCCGUCGUCCCCCUCGCACGCCUCCGCGCCGUCCCCCGCGUUCGAACCAAAUCUAAAUCUGUCGCCGCGCGAAGCGCCAUCGCACAUCGCAUCAUCGUCUUGACCCGUCCGUCCCCGUCUCGCGUCGUCGUCUCAUCAGGCAACUGGGCGGAAGACCGCGACCAGGCGCCGUCCACGGACACGACCUCGCGCGUCUGCCCGAGGGACCCGAACGCGUCCGCGCUCUACGCGACGUCCUCCUCCGCCAUCGGCGCCGGGGGGCAGAUCCCGCGAGGCCCGCGGCGACGCGCGCCGCUCGUCGCGGUGGAAAACUUCGACGCGGAGACGCGGCUGAAUCGAACGGGCGCGCGCGACUCGAAGUUCGGGAAGGCGUCCGUCGGCGGCUUCGGCGCGACGCUCCCGACGCACCGCCCGGAGCACUUCGCGACGUACAGAGAGACGACGUACGCGAGGCACUUCGUCGAGGACCCGCGCGCGGCGAGGGCCGAGCCGCCGCCGCCGGAGCAGAGCGACGACGCGCGGUUCGUCGGCGGCUAUCCGGCGUGCGUGAACGCCGCGCGGCCGGACGCGAGGCUGCACAGCUCGAGCCGGGCGUUCUUUAACAAGGGGCAGAUGCGGAAGGACUUCACGGAUCCGACGGUGACGGUGGAUUUCCGCGGGAAAUCGGGCGCGAGGGGGUUGAGCACGAGGACGCCAGAGGAGGCGGGCGCGAGCGAAAACGACUGCACGUGGGCCGACCUCUACGCGUCGUCGAGGCGGUGA